UAGUGCUGUUUUAAUAUCUUUUUCUUUGAAGUAAUCCCACCGGAGUGUGCCAGCGGCGGUACUGCACUUUCUUCCAUGGAUGAUGCCUCUCGCUCCUCUCCAAUUUCCUUCGCCGGCGGUCUUACCGCUGGCGAUGAAGUAAUCACGGCGGCUGACCAGGGGUCGCAGAUCGGGAGCGCGGCUGGGAGCCUGCAGGGCGAGGGGAUCCUCUCCGGCGGGGGUGAUGGAGGGAGCAGCGGCGAUGCGGAUUUCGGAUUCCAGCGUCCGGAACUAGGGAAGGAGGUUUUGGUCGGGACGGUCCAGUUCUACGAGCGCCAUGUCUUCCUUUGCUACAAGACGCCUCAUGUGUGGCCGUCGCAUGUCGAGGCGGCGGAGUUUGAUCGGUUGCCGAGACUUUUCUCGGCGGCACUCGCCGCGAGGAAGGGGGAAAUGAAGAAGCGUACUCGCUUAACAAUUUGCGAAGGAGAAGAUGGAACUGAGUCAUCAAAUGGAGAUGUACUGAUUUUUCCAGACAUGGUUAGAUACAGGCGUUUGACACACUUUGACGUUGAGAAUUUUGUUGAAGAAGUGCUUGUUAAAAAUAGUCAAUGGCUUCCUGGAGCAGUUGAGACACUGACAGGCUCCUUCAUCUUUGUGUGCGCCCAUGGAAGUCGAGAUAGGAGAUGCGGUAUAUGUGGACCUGUUCUUCUUAGGAAGUUUAAAGAAGAGAUUAAUGCACGUGGCCUUAAUGGUACAGUGUCUGUGAGCCCUUGCUCUCACAUUGGUGGUCAUAAGUAUGCAGGAAAUGUCAUUAUAUUUAGUUCAAGCCUUAAUGGGGAAGUGACCGGACACUGGUAUGGGUACGUUACUCCAGAUCAUGUGCCCUUGUUGGUUGAGCAACAUAUCAGUAAAGGAGACAUUGUUGAUGAUUUAUGGAGGGGUCAAAUGGGCUUAAACGAGGAAGAACAGCGGAAGGCUCGAGAGUUUAGGUUACAAAUGAAUGGUGAAACAGAGGAGCUAAAUCCUAUCCAUCCAAACCAAGCAAAUGAAACAGGUAUCACAAAUGGAUUGUCAACUGAAGCAGCUAGUUGUUGUCAGGACAUUGCAACCUCCAGUUGCUGUCAGAAUGGAGCCUUCAAUGAAAAACCAGAUAACAAUAGUCUGAAUUCAGAAGAGCAUGAAAACCAAAAGAUGCUUCCACAGCAGAUAAACAAGGCAACUAAGCCUAGCAGCAGCGCGAGAAAGAUGAGCACAUUGCCAACUUGGUUCGAGAGCUGGGAGAGCGAGGACACUUAUGCAGCUCUUGCUGUUGUCGCCGCGAUUGCAUCGAUAGCUGUUGCUUAUAGCUGUUAUAGACAACUAAGAUGAAAAAAAAAUCCCUUUUUCUGUAAUCUUUGCUAGAUGAUUAGAGUAAUGUUACAGCCCUGCUAUGUUUAAUUAAGGCAUGGGCAAUUGCUAAUGAUGCUGUAAUUUCAGGUGUUUUAUGUGGAACAGUAUGCAGAAGCAACUAUUUCUGUGUUCUAUUAGUUUUCUGUUAUGUAUGAAAUCUGUUUAGUGUUUUGGGAUUUGCUACAAUUUGGUGCAUUAUUAAAGUGAAAUGUU